GAGCGUAAGUGGUAGAAAGUGUUGUGGUAGGACAUAAUGUUACACCGCUGUUGCACAAUGCAUUCGAUUUUUUGCCAAGAAUAGUGAAUAGUUACUUAUGUAAUCUUUAGGGAGUAAGUACGUAAGCGUUCAGAAACAAUCCAACAAUACCGAGCGCAAAUAUUACUUAUCGUAAUUUGCGUUUAAUUUACGAGCGCAGCAACUUGUCCCGGGGCGUGUACGUACCGCAAAAGAAAGAUAAUCGUUGCGUUAUUUUGCUGUUAGAAAAGAACUAUUAUAUUAUUAUAGUUUUGCCACUAAAAAAUGUAUAUCGAUUAUAUUUCAUAACCAUCCCACUCAAGUCCACUAUAAAAAGCCAAGGCAGCAAAGAAUGUAACACUCUUUCAGUAGUUUGUGUAAAAUGGAUAGCUUUGCAGUAUCGAAUGCGUUCAAUACAAGUCUGCAAUUGCUUCUCAGCCAUGUGCUGGGAAUAUAUUUCGCCCAACAAGAACAUUACACUGCUUGCUUUAUACGCACGCCACACGAAGAGAUCCAGUUCAUUGGCACGCCACCGAUAGCGCAAGUUCUAGUCGUGAUGGAAAAUGCUUCAUCCGCGCGAAAUGAUGUUAAAGAAAGAUCGCACGAUCAGUUCCGGAAACAUCUCCUACAAGCCGUCGACACAAACUGUGCUGGAUUCGUCGUUACCGAAAUGGCCCUGCUUCCCUUUCUGGAUCAUUUCAACGAAGUGCACGAGAAAGCCAAAAUGAGAACACCUUCAAAGCAUUUGAUCGCCAUAACAUCUCUCGAUCCGUCCGUACGCACUGCGCUGCUGGCACACAACGAAACAUUCGAAUCUUUGGUGAAUGUGUUACUUAUCGUACCCAACCGUAAGGCAGACAACAGAAUGGGAAUAACUUUUGAGCUUCACACGACACAACUACUCCCAAAGCAUCCGAUAGGCGUAACGUUGGAAUUGGUACAAAUUGGUCAACUAACCGCAAACCGCCGCGGAAUGUUCGUACCGAAGCUGACCGAAAACAAGUUGGAGUAUUUCCCAGACAAAGUACGCGAUAUGAAAGGGAGAAGGAUACGUGUUAGUACGCUGGAGUAUGUGCCCUGUACUGCCUUUAAAAAAGUGCCAAUAGGACAAGGAAAUGCUAAGGACGUUGACGAUGUAACGCACGAGCUUUGGCUGGAUGGAUUUGAAUUGAUUUUAACACUGGAGUUUUGCCGACGACACAACUGUACCGUGGAGCUACUGAUCAAAACGGACUGGGGUGAACUGCUAGAAAAUGGUUCGUAUUCUGCAAUACUGGGUGAUAUAGUGGAGCGACGCGCGGACCUAGGAUUAGGAGCACUGUUGGCUUGGCAUGCCUGGUUCGAAGUAACUACCAUCACCUCAAUGAUUGGCAUAUCGAUGAUAUCGGUGCUGGUGCCAAAGCCCCAACUGCUACCCUCCUGGCAGUUUCCGUUUCUCUCGUUUCCUCCCUCCCUGUGGCUUACGGUGGGCUGCACAUUCACCGCCGGUACAGUGACCGUGUUCAUAGUUGCAAUUACCCGCCAGCAAAUCUCACACGGUAUUGCUGCUCCGCAGAAGCCACGAUCGCAACACCUGCUCGAUGCGCUGUUCUUCAUGUUCAGCUUGUACGUGGAACAGUCCGCGCGUCUACGGCACGAUUUGGUUGCGGCCACUAUCCUGUUAACGGCGUUACUUUUCGGUGGGUUCAUGGUCGGUAACAGUUAUGCCGGUUCGAUGGCUAGUAUUAUGACGUUGCCACGGUACGAACCGUCGAUCGACACAGUGGCAGACUUCCUGAAGCGGGGCAUGCGAUGGACGGGCGGUAGCAACGUGUGGAUCUACACGCUGUACAUGGCGACGACACCGGCAAUGAUACACAUGCGGGAAAGCUUCGUCAUCAUACCGGACAGUGCGGUGCGUGAGAAGUUACCAUUCACCGAUCGCACCAUGGGCUACGUGAUCGAGGGUAUGAUGCACGGUAGUUACGGUCUGGGGACACCGCUUAGUGUUAACGCAUCCCGGCUGCUACAGCCACUGAAGCAACCGAUGUAUCUCGAUCAUACGAACGGUUUCGUUAGCAAGGUGUGGCCGAUGCGGGAUGCCUACAAUACGUUUAUCCUGGAGCUGCAUCAGUGCGGUGUCUUACACUAUCUGGAAUUUACGUCACUCAUAAGGAAUGUAGGACUAACGGUGCAGCGAAACAUUGCCAAUGCACGUGUCAAGGAGCAGGAACACGAACCAACUGCACUUUCUAUCGAACACUUUUUGGGAGUAUUUUUUAUACUAUUUUUUGGGCACGGUUGUGCUUGUAUCACGUUUGUUGGGGAAUUGUUGAUAAACCGAUGGAUGGAAGCAAAACCUAGACGAAAGCAUUUCAUGUAAA